GCUCACAUCUCGCUAACCAGUCUCCAACCAACAAACUAACCAACAGGCACAGCUAGCUAGUACUAGCCUAGAAGUGCCGGAAAGCACGGCACAUCGGCCGUGCUGACCGGCACUCCGGCAUGGACCGACCCUGCAGACAAAGGACAUGACACGCACAGAUGCAGCCGUACAUACGCACAAUAGUUUCCUCCUUCCAUCCUCACCAUCUCUUCGUACACCUCAUGCAUGCCGUUGGCGUGCACGCAGGGGGCAUGCGCAAGCAGCGGGCCUGGGGGGAACCUGUGUGAGACACACAGCACCACACACAGGGCCGUAUGCGUCUACAUGGCCACGGCUGGUUGAUGAGCUUACAGGUGGAGGACGUCGUCGAUGUGGUCGACGAUGACGUCAUAGGCGUCCCACAUGUCGUCCUCUAGGUCCUGCAGCGGCCCAAAGGGCAGUCCCGUCACCAGGUCGUGCAACGCCGUCACCCGCUCGGCAAACUCAUUGCCAACAAACACUGAAGAGCCACAUACGUGAAGCAUAUGAAGAUAGAUAAGAUGGGCAGGCAGGAACUUCUUUCUUUCUUUCUUUCUUGAUGGAUCUUACCUGGCAGCUCAGUGACGCGCUCGGCGAUCCAGUCGUUGAGCCCCCACCUACGAGCAUUGACGUACUCUCUACACAGGUGCGUCAUUGUGGGGCCGUCCUCGUCGUUCAUGUAGGCAUCAUUCCACACAUUGUUGAGCUCCAUCAGCUCCCGCUCGGCCCUCUCGAUAAAAUCCUCACUCACGAGUUGCAGCAUCGUCCAGAAACACCCCACAAUGUCUUCACUGCACAGGAAGGACAAGACAACAUGAGGGAAAUACACCAGUGAGUGCGUCGAGACGUGAAGGUCUGUCUGUGUCGUUGCAAAUACCGACCGAUACGACGGCUCCAGGCCCAUCAGCGACCAGUGCGACGCGUAUGCGAAGGUGCUCCGCAUGCUCUCAUACCGGCCGACGAAGCGGGGCUCCGUAUGUGUCUGGUUGCCAAUAUAACGUGACCGGCAGAAGUCGACGAACUGUAUGCGGAACUUGCCGUCACGCGGCAGCAUGACUGCACACACAGAGAGAGAAAGGAACACACAGGCAGAGGUGAGUUCCUUUCUUUUCCUGUCCGUGUGUGUUCCUGUGUACGGUUGCGAGGGUUCUGGUCGCCGUGGAUAUGGCCCGUGGCGUGGAUCAACUUCAACGACAACACCUGAGAACACAGCCAAACACACAGACACGCAUGCAUACAUGCAUCCAUCCAUCCCACCCAGCCACCCGUCCAUCCAUUGCAAAGCCUUCCUUACCGCCUCACGCAUGAGCUCAAACAUGGCCUUGACAGGGAAGAGCCCGCCCUUGCCCCACCACCCCUGCGCCACGCCCUGGAGAUCCUUGAGGCAGGACUCCAUCACCAUCCCCGCCAUCCCCUGCCCCACCACAGUCCACCCCUUGAAUGCCGGCACCGGCAUCACAUCCCUCCCGAUCCCCUGCCGCUUGAGGUCGUCGAAGAUGCGGUUCAAAGUCCACGCCUCCUCCAUGAUGUUGGUGUUGAAGGCAGCGGCAUGCGCUGUCUUGAUGGCGGCCUGCUCCCCGUCCAGGUAUCCGACGGCUUCGUCGACGCGCCCGUCCGUGCCACUGCCGUAGGGGCUGCCGAGGACGUACAGCUUGGGCUGCACAUCGGGGCUGGCCGAAAACGUCGGCAGCAGGGCGCCUUCUUGCGGCCAUGGCGGGCCCGACGCCGCCGCCCAUCGGAACACAUGCCCAAUUACGUCCCUGUCGGAUGCAUUCAGCUCCGUGACAUCCAUCGCCGUCGAGUUGGUGAACGAACAGUGCAAACAGG